UGCUUGAUUAUCGUUAACACGUGUAUUUUUCUGCAUCUCAAAUCCGUUAUUUGAAUUUUGGCAUGUGAAUAUGUUUGUGAUUAAAAUGUUUGGCGCCUGUCAACUAGCUGGGCUAUUAGACAAAUUCUGUUAGAUAAAUCAUAUUCUGAAAUGUCGAAAUGUUGUCAUCGGCGCGUUUGAGUCUUAUUAGCAGCUCCCGCACACGGAAAAGACAAAUAUAAACGGACAUUACGUGAAGGGUGGGUUUUCUCGUCUUCGAAACGAUGGCAAAGGAGGAGUUUGUCGUUAAGACUUGUUGAUGAUCUGUGAGGCUGAGGCGGGAAGCGCGUGGUCGUUAAGACUUGUUGAUGCCGUUGAUCUGUGAGGCUGAGGCGGGAAGCGCGUGCGCCUCACUCGCUCCAAACGGUUGGAGACGCUAAAUGAGCUGGAGCUGGAGGAUGAAGAGGAGCAUUUCUUGAAUACGUUUUCUCUCCUGGCUAACGUUAGCACUUAUGCUGCACGUUUGUGUACUCCCGCUUCGGGGAAAGACUUUUUUAUUUGAGUUUAUUUAUUUGUUCGUUCCUGUCACACCGGGCAGACGUCAUCCUCACCGGAGCCGCUCAGCGUUGCUUACAUUUCUCCCUCAGAAGACACGCUGCUUUAGGAAAGGAAAAAACGCACAUCGUUGUUGAAUAACCACGCGACCUAGAACAUGAGACUGAAUGGGGAGUGAUCGUCUGAGGAGAUCCCUUAUCAACAAUAAACACCUUCGUUCAAACUUACCUCAAGUCGCCGUCGUUACGACGACGGUUAUUCUCAAGAUGAGCGGCCGUUUGAACGGAACCGGCGUGGAUAUCUGCUAAACUUGGUAAAUAUGUGAGACAAAUGAAUAUGUGUAGUCGCAGGGCUCCACCUGGGAGACGAAGGUGGUCGCGUUUCUCCGCUUGACAGCUCAGAACGAAAAACGCUUUGUUUGUUCAGACUCCGGGAGUGGACGUCGCUGCCCGGGGUGCUGAAUUUCACCAGGACCGGGUCAGAAAUAAAGGAGGGAAAGUGACGGAUCAGAGAGACUCUCUCAGGCGUGCCGUGAAUGCAUUUCCAUAUUCUGUUUUUUGGAGGAGCUGGGCAACUCAUGUGAUAAUCGUUUUCCGAGAAGCGUUGUGAAAUCAGGAAUGAAAAGUAACCUGCGAGCCGCGUGACUUCGAGAUGAAAAUUGGACAACAUGUGAAAUACGGACAGUUGAGUAACACUUCACCUUUGUAUUCAUUAUGCUAAUUCAGUGUCUUAUUUCGCCAGUCGUGAUGUGUGGAUAUCUUUGAUCAUCAUCCGUGCGUUUCAGAGGGCAGAGCACAGAAACAGUCGCAAAAAUGGGACAAUAAUUGAGACAGAUCGGGCGGUUUGUUGUUGUUGUCUGUGCUUUGUGUGUAAGGAGUUCAACAGCCCUGUUUUUGAGACAUGGCAGCGGCGAUUGCCAGCGGUUUGAUCCGCCAGAAGAGACAGGCACGGGAGCAGCAUAUAGACCGACCAUCCACCAACAGAAGGAGAAAAAGCCCCAAUAAGAAUAAAGGGCUUUGCAACGGGAACCUGGUCGACAUCUUCUCCAAAGUGCGAAUCUUCGGCCUCAGGAAACGCAGACUACGACGACAAGAUCCCCAGCUCAAGGGUAUAGUGACCAGGUUAUAUUGCAGGCAGGGAUACUACUUGCAGAUGAACCCAGAUGGAUCUCUUGAUGGGACUAAGGAUGACAGUAGUAAUUCUUCGUUGUUCAACCUCAUCCCUGUGGGCCUUCGGGUCGUUGCUAUUCAGUCUGUGAAGACGGGCUUGUACAUCGCCAUGAAUGGAGAAGGCCAUCUGUACACAUCAGAACUGUUUACGCCGGAAUGCAAGUUUAAAGAGUCGGUGUUUGAAAACUACUAUGUGAUCUACUCAUCCAUGCUGUAUAGGCAGCAGGAGUCGGGGAGAGCAUGGUUCCUUGGCUUAAAUAAAGAUGGCCAGGCCAUGAAGGGGAACCGGGUGAAGAAAACUAAACCAGCUGCUCACUUCCUGCCCAAGCCAUUAGAAGUCGCUAUGUACCGAGAGCCAUCAUUGCAUGACGUGGGGGAGACAGUGCCCAAACCUGCCGUGCCUCCCAGUAAAAGCACAGAGCCGGCCGUCAUGAACGGAGGCAAACCUGUCAGCAAGGAAACCAAGCCCACCACAUAGCCAGAUCCCAUCUCGGCCAUGCUCAACCACGGAGAGCCGUGUUCCUUUUGUCAGACUCUCCAUGUUUGUGGAUCCGA